AUGUCGGACGCGAAAGACAUCAGAUACUCCACCACCGGACAGACUAAUGGCCACCAAGCAGACCACUAUGAGAAAGGCCCAAGCACGGAGCGCCGCCGCUCCUCUAUCGUGGACCUUAACAGAGAUAAGAACCUAGAUGCCAAGAUCUCGAACCCUCUGGCCGACAUACCCCGAGAAGAUCUGUUCGCCGAUGUCGAGGAAUUUGCAAACCGCCAUGGUCUUAACGCGGAAGUCGAGCUUCUCCAAAAGGGCGCCCUCGUGGCACAGAACCCCGGCCAAUUCGAGAACCUCAGCGAGCUCGACGAAGCCGAGAAGGACUGUCUCCGCAUCGAGGUCAACCGGAAAUGGAAACACCCCAUGAAACUCUACAUGACGGUCAUUGUGUGCUCGAUCGGCGCUGCCGUCCAGGGGUGGGAUCAAACGGGCACCAACGGUGCCAACCUCUCAUUCCCCGAAGCCUUUGGUCUCAAUACGCCCGAGGGUCAGCCUGGCUAUGAGCGAGACUUCUGGAUCAUCGGCCUGGUCAACUCGGCGCCCUAUAUCGGCAGUGCCUUUCUAGGCUGUUGGCUCUCGGAUCCCAUGAACUUCUACUUUGGACGACGCGGCACCAUUUUCACGUCUGCAAUCUUCCUCAUCGCCACGCCCAUCGGCGGUGCCUUCGCGCAGAACUGGGAGCAAUUGCUGGCGACUCGCGUCCUGAUGGGCAUUGGUAUGGGUCUCAAGGGUGCCACCACCCCGGUCUUUGCCGCGGAGAAUUCACCCGCCGCCAUUCGAGGCGCUCUUGUGAUGACCUGGCAAUUUUGGACCGCCUUCGGCAUCUUUUUGGGGACGGCGUUCAACCUUGCUGUUUGGAAUGCCGGCGACAUUGGCUGGCGCCUGCAGCUGGGCUCGGCUUUUAUCCCUGCCGUGCCUCUUGCCGCUCUCGUUUAUCUCUGCCCGGAGAGUCCGAGAUGGUACAUCAAGCACGGCAAAGUGGCCAAAGCAUACGCCUCGCUACUGAGACUGCGCAACCACCCGCUCCUCGCGGCCCGCGACCUGUACUACAUCAGCACGCAGAUCCAGAUCGAGCACGAGAUCGUGGGCAACUCGACCUACAUCACGCGCUUCACGCAACUCUUCACGAUGCCGCGCGUGCGGCGCGCCACGCUGGCGUCCUUUGUCGUCAUGAUCGCCCAGCAGAUGUGCGGCAUCAACAUCAUGGCCUUCUACUCGUCGACCAUCUUCCGCCAGGGCGGCGCGUCGGACUUUAUCGCGCUGUUGGGCUCGUUCGGCUUCGGCGCCGUCAACUUCAUCUUUGCGAUCCCUGCUUUCCUCACGAUCGACACGUUCGGCCGCCGCUCGCUCCUGCUGUUCACGUUCCCAAACAUGGCGUGGACGCUCCUGGCCGCGGGCUUUGCGUUCUACAUCCCGCGCUCGAGCUCCGCGCACCUGGGCGUCAUCGCGCUGUUCGUGUACCUGUUCGCGGCGUUCUACUCGCCCGGCGAGGGCCCCGUGCCGUUCACCUACUCGGCCGAAGUGUUCCCCCUGUCGCACCGCGAGGUGGGCAUGGGCUGGGCCGUGGCCACGUGCCUCUUCUGGGCGGCCGUGCUGGGCCUCACGUUCCCCAAGAUCCUCGAGGCGUUCACUCCCACCGGCGCAUUCGGCUUCUUCGCGGGGCUCAACGUGUUGGCCCUGAUCAUGAUCUUCUUCUGGGUGCCCGAGACGAAACAGCGCACGCUCGAGGAACUCGACUACAUCUUCGCCGUGCCGACGCAUCGCUUCAUGAGCUACCAGACGGGCACGUGGCUGCCGUGGUUCAUCAAGCGGUACAUUUUCUGGAACAAAUCCGCCGAGCUCAAGCCGCUGUACACAUUUGAGAAUGGCGUCAUGUUGGAUAUCAAGGAUCAGAAGCGCCGCGUCGAGCGCGAGAGGGCAGCGAGUCUUGGUCAACAGGAGGCCAAGUCGACUGUUUGA